AUAGCCAAUAGCAUGAUGUGGACUAGAGUUUAAAGGUAGUGUGCUUUUGGAGGUCAGUUGAUGUCGUGUGCAGGUCAUGAUGGAUCGAGCAGCUCUCCGGCUUAUUCUCCUGGCCGUCUUUCUCAUCUCAGCUACUUCUGAUCCAGUUAAGAAGAAACAAGAUGUGGAUAUAUACAGCUUCUACAUUAACUCCACAGUCACCAGUCGCUAUUCCACAACAGUCAUCACAAGCCGUGUUGCAAACACACUGAAUGAAUCUCAAGAGAUCCAGUUUGAGGUCAAGAUUCCCAAGAACGCCUUCAUCAGCAAAUUCAGAAUGACCAUAGAGGGAAAAACAUAUGAUGGGGUUGUGAAGGGAAAAGAAGAAGCUCAGCAGCAAUACAAUCAAGCAGUAUCUCGAGGACAAAGUGCUGGACUGGUCAGAUCUGUUGGAAGGACUUUAGAGGACUUUAAAACUUCAGUGACGGUGGCUGCUUUAAGUAAAGUGACCUUUGAGUUGACCUACGAGGAACUGCUAAAGCGCCGCCUCGGCAAAUAUGAGCUACUCAUCAACGCCCAACCGAUGCAGCCGGUGGCUGACUUCAAGAUGGAUGUGCACAUCCAAGAGAAACCAGGAAUUUCCUUCUUGGAGGUGAAAGGAGAUUUGAGCACCGGUGAUCUGGCCAAUGCCAUCAAAACCACCAGAGCAGACAAAGACGCAUGGGUGACCUUCUACCCCACACGAGAUCAACAGACCAAGUGUAAAAGCUGUGGAGAAAAUGGGUUGAACGGAGACCUGCUUAUAACAUACGAUGUUGAGAGACGAAGUCCCAAAGGAGAAGUCGUGGUGUCAAAUGGCUAUUUCGUCCACUACUUUGCUCCCUCUGAUGUUCCACGUAUUUCCAAAAAUGUGGUGUUUAUCAUUGACCGCAGUGGCUCUAUGUCUGGCAGAAAAAUAGACCAGACUCGUUUGGCACUGCUGAGGAUUUUGACUGAUCUUGAUGAGGACGAUCACUUUGGAUUGAUCACAUUUGACAGUGAGGUUAGCUUAUGGAAGCGUGAACUCCUCAAAGCUACUGAGAAAAACCUGAAGAAUGCGAAAUCUUUUGUGAAGGAGAUCAGAGAUAGAGGAGCCACAGACAUAAACGCUGCAGUUCUAGCAGGAGUGGACAUGAUCAGUCGACAUCCACGAGAGGGAACAGCCUCCAUCCUGAUCCUGCUGACUGAUGGAGACCCCAAUACAGGUGAAAUCAACAUAGAGAAGAUAAUGGCCAAUGUUAAAGAGGCCAUUGGGACAAAGUUUCCCCUCUAUUGUCUUGGUUUUGGAUAUGAUGUCAAUUUUGACUUCCUGACAAAGAUGUCACUGGAAAAUGGUGGAGUUGCUCGCAGGAUUUAUGAAGAUUCGGACGCUGAUCUACAGCUGCAGGGCUUCUAUGAUGAAGUUGCCGUCCCUCUCCUCACUGAUAUUCAACUUAAAUACCCAGGAGGGACAAACCUUACCAAGACCACCUUUAGCUUGUACUUUAAUGGCUCUGAGAUUGUGGUGUCAGGACAAAUCACAGACAACAGUGUGGAGAGUUUCACCACUGAAGUCAUCGCAGUAUCAAAAGGCAGUAAUGUGACGUAUCAGGACACUAUAAUGACAAAAGACCCCAGUGAUGUCCCUCCUGAGGAUGAAGAUUUCAUGCAGAGAUUGUGGGCCUACCUUACAGUGAAGCAGCUUCUGGAGAGACAGGUACUUCUUAAAGGACAAGAGAAAGAGGAUGAAAACAAAGAAGCUCUUAAACUCUCCCUGAAAUACCAGUUUGUCACUCCCCUCACCUCGAUGGUUGUUACCAAGCCACAGGAAGGUGAAGUGGAAGUUGCCGACAAACCCAAAGAAGGAGAAGCGCCGGCCAGACCUGCAGCAAAGAUGCCGCAUCCUGUACCUUAUGCACCAGGAUUUUGGCUGUACCAGUCUCAGGGAGGUCUUCCCGGUCCACCAGGAGCUUCAGGAGUACCAGGAGUGUUGCGAGAUAAUGGAUCUCCUCUAAUUCAGCGUGGUGGACGAUAUCACACUGACCCUCUUCAGUCUAUACCUUCAUAUGCAGUAGCUCAUGAUAUCAGACCUGCCGGCAGAUUGCUCCCUGGUAUGUAUGAAAUGCUAUAACUUUGAUUCUGCCUU